GUCAAAAGAGGAAGUUGUGAGGCAGACUCCAACCUGACGCUAGCCGCCCUAAGCUUUGAAAAAGGAAAUAGCAGGAACAGACGUGUGUAGAGAUAUUCUAUUAAUAAUUGCACGGUUGUAAGAUGAGUGUUCGAUAUGAAUAUUAAUUUGAGCCGAAAUAAUAAACCGUAAAGAGAAUUCGUCGUGAGCAACGGCCACGGAACCAUGCCUGCGGUUGACAUUUAAGCUAACGAAAAUGAUGCCUCCAGCCUUCUAGAAAAGCUAACAGCUUUAGCCGCAUCCGCUGCAGCGGUAGCAACUGGGUAUUUUGGCGACGAAAUGGCAGACUUUGAGCGCUGAUUAAUGCUUUGUGACUUCAGUGGGAUCGAAAGAGGCAAAUCUGGCUCUUUGUUUUCGACGAAUGGUCGCUCGGUUUGUAGAACUAACGGUAAAUGGCGACCUACGACAAUGCAGCUAACUUUUAAUUUUGAGACGGACUCUUCAACGUUCAGACUGUUUUAACUUGCGAGGUUUUAUUACGGAACGGUAAAUAUACCGGUCGCACUGCAGUCGUUAUUUUAAGUAAAACGGCAACUAUUUUUGGCCAUCGCUGUGUGCAGAGCACCAACCCAGCAGUUGUGCACCAUGAUAAAUGCGGUGUGCGGUUGCGUUAGCCAGAAACACCUUAGCCUGUGUUAGCAUAGAAUUUACUAGCAACGUACUAAUGUUGGCCUAUUACGGUCAACUGAUCAGCGACUGAACAAACUGAAGGACGCAUCUGAGUCAGGCUAACAUGGCUUCGGAUGAAUCAUCGCUGCGUGCGUUGGAGAACCUGAUGACAGAGUUCUUUCAUAGCUGCACGACCAAUGAGCGGAAACGGGAAAUAGAAGAGCUGUUGAAUAACUUUGCACAGCAGAGUGGAGCAUGGCGCCACUGCUUGUUCUUCCUCUCCAAUACUCGGAAUGAGUAUGUAAUGAUGUACAGUCUCACAGUAUUUGAAAAUCUGGUGAACAAAAUGUGGAUUGGAUUGGCUUCACAAGACAAGAUGGAGAUUCGCAGCUGUCUUCCCAAACUCCUACUUGCUCAACACAAGUCCGUGCCGUAUUUCAUCCGUAACAAACUCUGCAAAGUCAUCGUGGAUAUUGGUCGUCAAGACUGGCCAAUGUUCUACCACGAUUUCUUCACAAACACCCUUCAGCUGAUCCAGACCCCAGCUCUUGCUCCACUGGGUUUGAUGAUGUUGAAAACCACAUCAGAAGAACUUGCUUGUCCUCGAGAAGAUCUCAGCGUUGCCAGGAAAGACGAGUUGCGUAAACUGCUGCUGGAGCAGGUGCCAACCGUGCUCGGACUGCUGACCGGUAUCUUGGAGACUUACUGGGACAAACACAGCGUCAUUGCUUCUACUCCACCUCCAUCACCCACUUCUAGGGAAAGUGUGGAAUUGCUGGGCAGUUUGUUUCAGGGCAGCCAAUACUCAAAGCUGCUUUGUCAGCCUAUGGCUGCGUUGGACAAUGAGAGUCAUCAGCUCUGUUGUCUUGUUUUGGAGUGCUUGGCUCACCUGUUCAGCUGGAUCCCACUGUCCACAAGUAUUACACCCACCCUGCUGGCAUCCAUUUUCCACUUCGCACGUUUUGGUUGCGAUCUACGGACAAAGGCCAAGACGGGAGCGCUCAUCUCCUCCACUUCUAACGGACCGCUCAACCCUGGGGCUGUGCCAACGACAAACGGGGAGGGUCGAAACGGACAGCAGAGCGAGGUCAAUAAGGCGGAUCGUGCUCGUCUCGGCGUGCUUGCCAUGACCUGUGUCAAUGAACUGGUGUCAAAGAACUGCGUGCCAAUGGACUUUGAGGAGUACCUGCUUCGAAUGUUCCAGCAGACGUUCUUUCUUCUGCAGAGGCUGACGCGAGAGAACAAUGCUCAUACGGUCAAGAGCCGCUUACAGGAACUCGAUGAGAGUUACUUGGAAAAGUUUACAGAUUUCCUGCGCCUGUUUGUGAGUGUUCACUUGAGACGGAUCGAGUCAAGUCCUCAGUUUCCAAUUGUGGAGUUUCUGGGUCUGCUUUUCAAAUACACCUUCAACCAGCCUACACAUGAGGGAUACUUUGCUUGUUUGGACAUUUGGAGUGUGUUUUUGGAUUUUCUGACGACCAAAAUAAAAAGCAGACUCGCUGACAGAGAAAGUGUACUUAACAGGUACAAAGAUGCCUUAGUUCUUCUGCUGAGGGAAAUUCUCAAUCGCAUUCAGUUCAGAUUCAACCAGGCCCAGUUGGAGGAGCUGGACGAUGAGACUCUGGAUGAUGAUCAACAGACAGAGUGGCAAAGGUACCUACGUCAGAGUCUGGAGGUGGUUGCCAAGGUGAUGGAACUGCUGCCAUCCCAUGCAUCUUCUACCCUGUUUCCAGUCCUGCAGGAAAAUUUGGACGUGUACCUGGGGUUGCGGCAGUUUAUCGUCACCACUGGCUCGAGCCAAAGACUGAACAUUACAGCAGAGAAUGACUGUCGCAGACUCCACUGUUCUCUCAGGGACCUCAGCUCGCUGCUACAGGCAGUGGGACGCUUAGCUGAGCAUUUCAUUGGAGAGGUGUUUGCUGCACGCUUCACUGAUGCUCUGGCCGUGGUGGAGAGGUUGGUUGAAGUGACUUGCUAUGGCUCCCAGACCAGCCUUUAUGACCUGGAGACAGCUGUGCCUUCUGUGCUCAAACCUGACCUCACCGACGUACAUGCGCAGGCUCUGGCUGCUUUGCAAGCCUAUUCCCACUGGCUCGCUCAGUUCUACAGUGAAGUCCACAGUCAGAACCAGAGCCAGUUUAUCAACCUCAUCACUUCUGCAGUAAAUGCUAGCAGCCCACUCAUCACAACUAAGGUACCUGAGAAGUUGCUGCUCUCUGCCAGCCAUCUGAUGGUUUCCAUCACCGCUACAGUGAGGCCGGUGUUUCUGGUCACUUUGCCAGCCAUUCAGAACAUCUUCAACCGGAUUACUACAGAGAAUCAGAGCCAAAGACUUCCCCAAGAGGCUCACAUGUUCGUGUGCAGAGCUUUGUCCAACAUGCUGUUGCUUCCAUGGCCAAACUUACCGGAGAGCGAGCAGCAGUGGCAAACGCGCUCCAACAGCCACGCCAGCCUUGUGGCCUCGCUCACUAGGGAAUAUCGCAUUUUAAGAGGAACGGUGAACAUUAGUCCACGACAGCCGGGCCUGGAUAAUGUGAAAGCAGUGAUACAGCAGACUCUGCCUGUGCUCAGGGAUAUAGUCGACAGCAUUUCGAGUGAAUCCACAAAAUCCCGUCAGAUCUGUUACCAGAGUCUUCAGGAGUCUGUCCAAGUGACUCUUAACCUGUUCCCGGUUUUCAUUCAGCAGCCAGAUGUGACAGACGAGAUGCUGGCCUUCUUCUUGACUCUGUUUCAAGCGCUGCGAGUCCAAAUGGGUGUUCCUUUCACGGGGCAGAUCAUUCACACUUUCCUCAGCAUGUUCACGAGGGAGCAGCUGGCUGCCAGCAUCUUGCAGGAAGGCAGCGCCGGAUGCAGGGUGGUGCAGAAGUUCCUGAAAAUUCUGCAGGUGGUGGUGCAAGAACCCGGUCAAGCUUUCAAGCCCUUCCUGCCCAGCAUCCUGUCACUGUGCAUGGAGCAGGUCUACCCAGUGGUGGCAGAGCGAUCCUCGCCGGAUGUCAAGGCAGAAAUGUUUGAGUUGCUUUACCAAAUACUUCACCAAAACUGGAGGUACUUCUUCAAAACCUCAGUCUUAACGAGUGUGCAAAAAGGAGGCGUCGACGACACCAUGGAGAACGAGGCCCAGUUCACAGCAGCCAUGCAGGCUUUUGGACAGUCCUUCCUGCAAACUGAUAUCCACAUCUUCAAGCAGAAUCUGUCGUAUCUGGAGUCACUUAACAGCAAGCACAAGUUGUACCACAGAAAGCUUUUCCGGACCUCGAUGCUCUUCCACUUCAUCAACGUGCUCCUCCAAGUCCUUCUGCACAAAAGUCAUGACCUCCUGCAGGAGGAAAUAACCCUGGCCAUUUACAACAUGGCCUCUGUUGACUUCGAUGCCUUCUACUCGGUUUUCAUGCCGCAGUUCCUGAAUGGUUGUCAAGGUGUGGACAGCAAUCAGCGGGCCGUUCUCGCACGCAACUUCAAGCUGGAACAGGACCUGCCCUCAUUCACUCAAAGCGUGCAGAGACUGGUGAACGACCUCCGCUACUACAGACUGUGUAACAGUAGUUUGCCCACUGGCACCAUCAAGCUAUAGCAGAGCGACUGCUUGAACCACUCCACCUGUCCGCUGUGAUCUUCAAAGACUGCCUGUGCUGACCACUCUGACCAACACUCCUCCACUUUGGCUUCGCCACACUCAAAGCAACGGCAAGGAGCAACACACACAUUUCUUGGUUGAGUAGCGGGAGGGUGAGCAUGCUGCUGAUUUUUUUUUUUUUUUUUUAAUUAUUAUUUCUACUGUAAAAGGUUGGCACAUUGGUCUUUCUCUGUGAGCAGUGUCCUCCUUUAGUGUCUUGCCAAUGAACAUUUGAUGAGGAAAUGUAAACCUGGUCUGCAGUUAGCAUCUGCGCAGACCUGGAGCUGUCUGAGCCAGGCCUUCUCUCCCAUUCUGCUGCAAUAAAGCUGGGCUGGGACUGAGCACUUUCAACUCAUUAUGAGUUUUUUUAAAUGUCUGCUUUUAUUCAUAUUUGCCUUUUUCAUCUCCAAAGGAGACAGAAUCUCGACUUAAGAUCUUUCAUAUCAUUCCAUUCUGAAGACGUGAAAACUGCUUGAUUUAAUAAAUUGCUUUUUUUUUUACUACA